AUGAAUUCGGUCGCAACGGGUGCACACUGGUCAACGUCGACAGCCAGAAUGAACGGAAGCGGAGAUGCACGUCGAGAGGAUGUGCUCUUGCAAGAACUUCACAAACGCGAUGUCUUCAAGCUUGGGGAAUUCGUACUCAAAAGUGGCCUCAAAUCACCGAUCUACAUUGAUCUUCGUGUAUUGAUCUCGUCACCGAAAAUUCUGCGUCUUGCCGCAGAUUGUGUCUGCGAUAAAAUCCGUUCUCUUGGACUUAAAUUCGACUAUAUCGUUGGUGUGCCAUACGCAGCUCUACCAAUAGCCACUGUACGCCCUUCCAUUUCUUCAAAAUCGAUUUUCGAUCAUACAUGA